AUGACAUCGUCGGCAAAGACUGUUACAUUGAUAAGCAGCGACGGCGAUGAGUUUGAGGUGGCCAUUAACGCCGCAACACUAUCAACGCUAAUAAAGAACACGUUGGACGAAUUUGGCGUCUCCGACAAGAUCCCACUGUACAAUGUGAAUUCUGCGACGUUGGCAAAAGUCAUGGAAUACUGCCAGAAACAUGCCGAUCAUGAUGAGCCUACCAAGACCGAGACCGAGACGGAUGUUAUCGUCGAUGGCCAAGCCGUGGAAGAUGCCGGCGUGGAGGAACUGAAGCAGUGGGAUGCUGAGUUUUUAAAAGUGGACAAGGAAUUUCUGUUGGAUAUUAUAUUAGCGGCGAACUACAUGGAAAUUGCAGGCUUGCUAGAUUCAUCUUGCCAGGCAGCGGCUGAUAUGAUCAAAGGGAAAUCGCCGGAACAGAUUCGCCGGACUUUUAACAUAAAGAAUGAUUUUACUCCUGAAGAAGAGGAGCAGAAUCGCAGGGAGUAUCAAUGGAUUGAUUGA